UUUUGUAAUCGUCGACUGUGUUUCUCUCUUUUUUUUAUCCGAAAUCGUUAUUAUCUAAACUCCUUUUUGUAUUAAUAUGAUUGUUUUGUUUCCGUGAAUCUCUACUUUGAAAAGUGUUUUUUGGGUUUAAUUGUUGCGGGAAAGAAAGAUGACGAGAGAAGAGAUCGAAAGCAGAGGAGAUGAAACGAUGAUGGAUGCAGCACAAAUCAAAAACCAGAAACCAGAAGAAUUCUUCAAUGUUAACUACCUCCGAAUUUACUACGGCAAUCUAUUUCCUUACAGUGAUAUUCACAAAUGGCUUUCUUACGGACACGAUGGGAAACAUCCUGGUUGCGAUGAAUACUACUUUGGUCGAAGAGAGUUCUCUUUCACCCUUGAGAACGACGUUUAUCUCCGCUACAAGUCCUUCAAAAAUGCUUCAUCCAUGGAAGACGCUAUCAAAUCCAAUUUCCCUUACAAGAUUGAUAUUGGCGCCGUCUAUAGCGUUGACCCGGAUAAGAGGCAUGCCUAUUCACAAACUGGCACCAAUGUGUUUACUCCAGUGGAGAGGGAGUUAGUCUUUGAUAUUGAUAUAACAGAUUAUGACGAUGUUAGAUACUGUUGCUCUGGAGCUGAUGUUUGCUCCAAAUGUUGGCCUUUGAUUACUGUUGCUAUCAAAGUCAUUCAUACUUCCCUCACUGAGGAUUUCGGUUUCAAACACAUCCUCUGGGUGUUCAGUGGACGUCGUGGAGUUCACUGUUGGGUUUGUGAUCCUAAAGCUCGCAGGAUGACUAAUGAACAAAGGUCAGCAGUUGCUGAAUACUUCCGUGUUUAUAAGGGAAAUGAGAACAAUGCAAGAAAAGUCGCUCUUAUGGGUUAUUCUCUUCAUCCUUUCCUUGCGAGAUCGUAUGUGGAUUAUCUCAAGGGUUUCUUUGAGGGUGAGUUACAAGCAACUCAAAGCAUAUUCUCUACCAAAGACAAGUAUGAGAAGAUACUUGCGAUGAUUUCUGAUGAAGAUAUUCAAUCAGAGCUCAGAGGAAAGUGGGAGAAUUCAGCUAGAUCAUCUCUAUCAGAAGAAGCCAUUAGCCUUGUAAGGUGGGAGCAGCUUAAAAACACCCUCCAAUCCAAGAAGCACAAGGCUCCAACACUGCGUAUGUGCGUUGAAGAAAUCGUCUUCACCUUUACCUAUCCUCGAAUUGAUUUGGAGGUCUCAAAACAAAUGAACCAUUUGCUUAAGGCACCUUUCUGUGUCCAUCCCAAAACAGGUCGUGUAUGUGUUCCUAUCGAUCCAAACAACUGCGAUGAGUUUGAUCCAUUGGCAGUUCCAACACUUUCACAGCUAAUAGAAGAAAUCAACUCAGGAGGCUCAAGAAUGGAUGUGGAUGAUGAUGAAGAUUCAGAUACAAGUUUACUUGCGAAAUCAAUCAAGUUCUUCAGAUCCUCAUUCCUAGAACCCUUACUGAAAUCAUGCAAGGAAGAAAUAGAGAGUUCAUACAAAACCAAAAUUGGCAAGUCUAAGGAUUCAUUUAGCUGGUAACUGAGAGUUAUUAUUUUGUGGUUUACAGUCUGGUCUUGUUAAAGAUGGAUCAAGAGAGAACAACGUUUCUGAAUACUGCCUUUAUUGACUUAAACCAAAAGCUCUGUGUUAAGAAACAGAGUAAUACAACGAUGGUCUUAUAUAGACCUUAUGAU